AGGGGGAGUGGAAUUGUCUAUAUAAACCGAGCACAAGACAGAGUUUCUGAGGAGAAGGCCACCCGCAAAGAACAAUAUCACAGUACUCUUCCACAACACCAUCUUACGGACACCCGACACACCAACCAUACCAACAAAUCACCUCAAGAUGUCAAUGAAAGCAGCCGUCAUCCACGAGGCCGGUGGCCCUGAGGUGCUCAAGAUCGAAACCCUCCCCAUCCCAGACCCCAAGAACGACGAGGUCCUCGUCCGCGUCAAAGCAUUCGGGCUCAACCGUUCCGAGAUGUUCACCCGGCAAGGCCAUUCUCCCGGUGUCCAGUUCCCGCGCGUUUUGGGCAUCGAGGCCGCCGGAGUUGUUGCCAAAUGUCCUGGCGGCCAGUUCAAGGAGGGCCAGAAAGUGGCGACAGCCAUGGGCGGUAUGGGGCGCGAUUUCAAUGGCGGGUACGCAGAGUACACCUGUGUCAAGGCUGCGAACACACAAGCCCUUGAGACGAACCUGGACUGGUCCAUCAUUGGCGCGGUUCCGGAGAUGUUGCAAACAGCGUAUGGAUCGCUUUUCAAAGCGUUGAAGCUUGAAGCCAGUGACCGUCUGCUUGUGCGCGGAGGAACCACAUCCGUCGGUCUCGCGGCGGCCGCAAUUGCGAAGAACUACGGCUGUUUUGUUGCUGGGACGACUCGUAGCUCGUCCGGCCCAAGUGCAGAGGUCAUGCGCAAGAGCGGUGUCGACCAGAUCCUCGUCGACGAUGGGAAUGUUGCCGCGCAGGUGGGCGACACAUUCGACAAGGUCCUUGAGUUGAUCGGGACGCUCACCCUUGCGGACUCGCUGAAAUGCAUCAAGGAAGGAGGCAUUGUCUGCGUGACAGGCAUCGUCGGAAACAAGUGGACUAUGGACAACUUCGCCCCAAUGGACACGAUCGGUUCGGCCAAGUAUCUUACCGCAUACUCUGGUGGUCCAACCGAGUUCAUGGACACUCCGCUGAACGAUUUGCUCAAGCAGAUCGAGGCCGGCACUAUGCACGUUCAGAUCGGCAAGGUCUUCAAGUUGGAUGAGAUUGUCCAGGCUCAUGAGACUCAGGAGAAGAAUACUGCCCGUGGCAAGAUCGUCGUCUUGACUGAAUAAGCUGCAGAAGAGGAAACAGCAGACAAGUAGGCAGAUACAGGCUAGGGACGGUCCUUUGGAGAGGCUGCGAAGAGAAGCAGCAAAAGUUGCCAAUAACCGAGACAAGUUGGAUCACACUCUUUGGAUAUCUCCAUAGCAGAUGCUUGCAGCAUAUACGAAUCGCAAG